GUAGCUGGUCUCAUGGCUCAUUAUUGGAUCCUAUACAGAACUGACUGUAUGGGGAAACCCAAAAGAACCCCAACUGUGCUUCCCGUUCUGAGCCCACACACUCAUUUCCCAUUAGGAUCCACGUGGGAUCAAUCCAGAUGACCCCGAGGUCGGCGAGGUGACAAGCGAACCAGACUUGUAAGGCAGGAGACAGAAGCUGAGGGUUCAGGUGAGCCUGUGCUGCUGAUGAGCUCAGGUGUGGCUCUGAGCACAUCCCCCCUGCACAGGGCCACAACACAGGGGGGGCCUUUCCACCCCGUCACGUGAUCCUCCUGAGCAGGUGGAGAUUGUUCAGUUGUCAUGGAAACGUACAGCUUUCUCAUCCAUGUUCUAAGUUUGUGUUAUGAGCUACAUUUUGUCUUCAGUCGCUGAAGCUUUGACUGCCCCCGAAAACAAUCUUUUAAUGUAAAUGAAGAUGAAUUUAACAUUAAUCAACAGCUAAUUAUCACCUAGCAACCACACACACACAGCAGUGUGUGUGUGUGUGUUUUGAACCUGCUGCCGGGUCACUCAGUCUGUGAGUUCACUUCUGUUUCCCCGUCACUUUGUGGAGAAACGAAAGUGAAAGCAGCCGGAAGCGCCGCCGCUCGGUGCGUCAGUCUGUCGGUGUCUUCGUACCGGACGGCAGGAUGGACGAGGCCGAGUGUCCGCCGGUGACCGUGGAGGGGGACUGGAGUCCGGAUCAGUCCAAAACCCUGAAGAACAAACUGCAGCUUUACUUCGGGAGUAAGAAGAAGUCGAGUGGAGGAGAGUGUCGGGUGGAGGUGGAGGACGGAGCCCCGAGGGCCGCCGUGUUCUUCAGGGCGGAGGAGGUGAGACAGAGAGUCCUCGCCAGGGACAACCAUGAACUCAUCCUGGACAGUCAAACCAUCAGGCUGCGUCUGGUUCCUGGAUCGAGCCCAGCGAGCAGCGACGAGCUCUCAGAUUCGUCAGCUCAUUCAAAGACUCCAAAGUCAGAAGUUGAAGCUGGAGAUUCUGCGGAGACCACAGAAGAGUCAGACUCUGUUCCGAGUGUCGCUGUGGUGUUGGACAACAUCAUGGACGACAUGUCUGUGGACCUGCUGUCCAUGAUGGUGGAGAACAUCUUGGGUUUGGAUGACAGCGGCUACAGUCUGGAGAUCAUCUGGGAGGCCAACAGAGCUGUGAUCACCUUCAACAAUCCUGCAGAUGUGGAGAAGUUCCUCACUCUGAGUCAGUCCAACCGGAAACUGCAGAAACACAGACUGACCGUUCGCCCGCUGGAGGCUGCGAAGAGCGUCCGAGUGGAGAGUCUUCCUCCGACUGUGGUUAAAGACAUGUUGGAGCUGUAUUUUGAGAAGAACUGGGCUCUGCCGGACAAUGUCAUCAUGAUCCCAGAUGAACAGGCGGCCAUUGUCACUUUCAGUGACCCCAAAGUUGUGGAAAGCAUUAACAUGAAACAAGACUAUGAGAUGCGGUCCAUCCCUAUCAAGGUGUAUCCGUACUACAAGUCCCUGGGCUCCGCCUUGUAUGGCAAAGAGCGACCAAUGUGGAAGAUGCCUGAGCCCUUCACAGAGAGAGUUCACCACGCUGUCUGGAAGUUUCUCCUGAUGAAGAAAUCGUUAAAAAGCAUCAACGAUCAGAUGCAUCCAUACUUCUGCAGUGUGAACUUGGACAGCCCCGUGGUGAAACUCAGUCCUCUCCCGAGCUUUUUGAGGCAGAAAGGCCUGACCGCAAAACACGUAGAUAUGUGGAUGCGUACCGCCCAGGAGGCCUUCUGUCAACUGAUGUCUCAGUACGAGGCCUUUGAGUGUACAGCAGAUGCAGCUGCAUGGAAAGCUGCUGAGGAAGACGUCCGUUCAGUUGUCAAAGAAGAUGCUGUCCUGUUAAUGGAUACAUCCAGGGGUAUUCUGACCGUGGCUGGCCGAGCUGACGAUACAAAACAAAUCAAGGCCCCUGUGGAGAACAUUGUUCUUAAAGCCACAAAUGAGAUUAAACGGAAAACAAAUAGUGUCUCUGAGGAAAUGAUUCUGUCGCCUGCAAUGUUCUGCAUCCUGAAGCACGAAGGGCUGCUGAAAGCUGCACAAGACAUUUCUCCUGACAUGAAGCUCUCCUACAAUGAGGGCACCCACAAGUUAACCAUUACAGGACUCCCUGCGGAAGUUUUCCAGACUAAGGCAUGGAUCUUGGAGAAGAAUGUGCGUAUGAGUAGAAAACGGAUUGAUCUACCUCCAGGUCUUUUACGCUUUCUUAGGACAGUGGAUCCUAUGGACAUGUCACACGACCUGUUCACGUCCCAAGGCAUCAGUGCCAUUUACAGCAUUGAGAACCAAGGAGCCUUGCUGUUGGGGAGUUCUGACAGUGUCCUCGCUGAUGCAGAGAGUAAGAUGAAGACAGCUUUGUCACUGCAGACCCUGGACAUAGAAGACGAAGGAGUCCUGAAACUUCACAACUGGGCAGGCCUGAACCAGCAGCUGUUGGACACCUACAACUCCUUAAAGAAGCAAACAGUGGUCAUUUACAUUCACCCAGAGAGUAGAAACAAAAUAACGGUGGCAGGCUUCCUGAAUCCUGUGAAAGAGGUCAGUCGCAGUCUGAAGGAAUUUAUUGUGAACUACUCACAAGUUCAAGAAACCAUUCGUGUUGAGUCCUGCGCUGUUGUUAAGUUUAUUAUGAAGACAAAAUCGCAGGAUUGGUCCAGUAAAGCCAAAGAUAACAAUGUGACAAUCAAUUUUCAUGAGGAGAGACCAAAAAUCACAAUCACUGGAGCUCGUCUUCAUGUCCAGAAAGCCAAAUCAUGCUUUCAGGAACUGACCAGGGCUCUCAUCACUGACACCUUAAUUGUGGACAAGCCAGGAGCGAAGAAGUACUUCCUCUCCCAUGGAAGCCUGCUUCUGUCUACAAUAAUGUCGGAGUUCAGUUGUGUGGUGGUGCUUCGUCCAGAGAACCAAGAGGAAGAGGAGGAAGAGAAUUGUGAGGAAGGAAGUGGUCAUUGUUAUUGCAAAGUGCAGACAACCAGUGGAGUUCUGGUGUCGGUUAGUAAGGCAGACAUCUGUAGCUUUAGUGUCGACGCAGUGGUCAAUGCAGCUAAUGAGGAAUUACAGCACAUUGGCGGGUUGGCUAUGGCGCUGCUCAAAGCUGCAGGACCAGAGCUGCAGAAAAUCAGCAACGACUACAUUGCCAGACAUGGAAAACUGCGCCCGGGUAACGCCAUCGUCACAGGUGCAUGCAACCUGCCUUGCAAGUACGUCGUGCACGCCGUCGGUCCGCGGUUUUCUGACUAUGACAAGAUGACUGCAGUGUCGUACCUGAAGCAGGCUGUUAAAGAAAGUCUGAGAAAAGCAGAAAGCGUCGGCUGUGCCACCAUUGCACUGCCAGCGAUCAGCUCGGGUGUCUUUGGUUUUCCUGUUGACCUCUGUGCUGACACCAUAGCCCAGGCAGUGCGAGAGUACUGCGGCAGUCCAGGAAGAUCCCUGACUGAGAUUCACCUGGUGGACAAUAACAUUAACACAGUGACAGUCCUGGCCACAGCUGUCAACAGAGAGUUCAUGGACCUUGGACCUGUUAUGACAGAACCACAGCAGUCCAGAGGCCGUCGUUUUGGUGAAAGAGGAGGAGGACAACGAGGAGGAUGGGAAGACUGGACAGGGGCUGGAUCUCAAGGGGGCUGGCAGGGUAACAGAGGAGGUCAGAGCUCCAGGGGACACAACAGGCCUGGAAGGCAUGGAGGGCCAGGAAGGGUGGAGCGGACCACAGCUGAGGGUCUGAAGAUUGUUCUCUGGAAGGGAAACAUCCAGGACCAGACUACUGCUGUCAUCGUCAACACCAUCUCAGAGAACAUGAACCUGAACCAGGGAGCUGUUUCCAAAGCGAUCCUGCAGGCUGCCGGGCCCAGCCUGCAGGCUGCUGUUCGGUCAGAAGCCGGGGUGGCUAUGCUGAAUUACGGCGACGUCAUCAUUACAGACGGCUUCAACCUCAAGUGUCAGAAGGUCUUUCACGCUGUGUGUCCUUUUUGGGACAAUGGACAGGGCCAGGCGGAGGAGGAGUUAAUAUCCAUCAUCAGAUACUGUCUGGGGGAGGCUGAGCAGCGCCAGGUGACAUCCCUGUGUUUCCCGGCCAUCGGUACAGGGAACCUGAGCUUCCCCAGAGACGUUGUGUCCAGAGUCCUGCUGAAGGAGGUCCACUUGUUCAGCCGCAGGAGAAGUUCUCACCACCUGAGGGAGGUGGUCAUCGUCAUCCACCCGAGUGACAGCCAAACUAUAGAUUGUUUCACCAGGGAGUUCGGCAGCCAGUCUGCCCAGAGAAACAUCCAACAGGAAGCACAGGAAUUUAACGAUUCACCCGUUGGGCAAUCACUCAGCCAAUCACAACAGUCCUCAGCCUCCUCCUUCAGCCAGGUGUUGUCCCCCUCCCUCGGUGUGUAUCAGAUGCAGAUGGGUCAGCUCACCCUGGAGGUGUCGUCUGGAGACAUCACCAGGGAGGUCUGUGAUGUCAUCAUCAACUCCUCCAAUCAGGACUUUACCCUUAAAUCAGGAGUGUCCAAGGCCAUCUUAGCCAGCGCUGGGCUAACAGUCGAGCUGGAGUGCUCACAGAUCGUGAAGUCUCCGGGUUACCAGCCUCGUCCGAUGAUCCUGACGUCGGCCGGGUCGCUGCCCAGCAAAAACAUCAUCCACGUUGUCGGUCAGAGCGAUCCUGCAAAGAUCAAGAACAUGGUUUACGCAGUGCUGAAGGUGUGCGAGGAGAACAAGUUCAGCUCCGUGUCCUUCCCAGCCCUGGGAACAGGUCAGGGAGGGGCCAGCCCGUCGGCGGUGGCGGACGCCAUGGUGGAAGCAGUGGUGGAGUUUGUGAGGAAGAAGCACCCAAGCUGCGUUCGCACUGUGAAGAUCCUGAUCUUCCAGCCGGUCAUGAUGAAUGAGUUUCACAAGAGCAUGAAGAGGAGAGAGGGAGAGGAGGUGGAGGAGAAGAGCAUCUUCUCCAGGAUCAGAGACACCUUCACGUCGUUGCUGGGGUUUGGCGAGGAGCGGCCCGGCGCUGAGAACCUGGUCCUUGAGAGGGAGGAGUUUGAACCCACAGUGUUUCAGCUGUGUGCUGACAACGACAAGGCUGUGAAUCGGGCUAAGAACAAGAUCAAGGAGAUGAUUGUGGCCGAGCAGGCCAAGAAAACCAUCAUAGACCCGUACAUCAGUCAGCUGACACAGGCUGAUGUGGACCAGCUGAGGGACCUGCAGAGGAGCCUGACGGUUCGCAUCAGUUUGGACAGAGGACAGGAGGACCAGGAGCCCAUCAUCCACCUGGAGGGGCUGACCAGGGACGUCCUCACCGCUGAGUCGACUGUCAGGGACAUCAUCAGGAAGGUGGAGAGGAAGGAGAACUUGAGGAAAAGGGCCUUGCUGGUGAGUGGGCUGGUAGAAUGGCAGUUUCAGCACCCCGACGGGAUGGUGGUGCCCUUUGACAUUCACACCAACCUCAGCCUGGAGGAGGCUCUGGAGACAAAACAAGCAGUGAAGAUAAAGAUCCAUAACCAAACGUACAACGCUGAUGUAAAGCUCAGAAGAGCAGUUUCAGCAAACGGACGUAAACAGGUGGAGCUGUUCCGAAAAGACUUGAAGGAUGAUGCUGCUCUGCCCAAACACUGGGAUGACAUGAAAGGCGACCUCCUCAAGCUGUUCCCUGUGGCUGCAGGAUCCAAGGAAUACACUGAGGUGGAGAAGGAGCUGACGAAGACCGGCCUCACCGCGACCAUCAUCAGUAUCGAGCGGGUCCAAAACACGACGCUGUGGCAGAGCUACCAGCUCAUGAAGAAACAUCUGGAGGUGAAGAACAAACACACAAACAACGAAAGGCAACUCUUCCACGGCACCGGGGCGAACUCCAUCCACCUAAUCAACAAACAAGGCUUCAACCGCAGCUACGCAGGAGCACACGGUGCGAUGCACGGUAACGGCUCUUACUUCGCCGUGGACCCCGUCUACUCAGCGCAGGGCUACGCCAAACCCGACGCCAGCGGGCAAAAGCGCAUGUACCUGGCCAGGGUCCUGGUGGGCGACUUCACCAAGGGAAGAAGUGGCAUAGUCACCCCUCCCCCGAAGGGCUCUGGGAACGCCGCAGAUCUGUAUGACAGUGUGGUCGACCACACCACCGGCCCGACCAUGUUCAUCAUCUUCAGCGACAUCCAGGCGUACCCAGAGUACCUCAUCACGUUCAUGUGAGCUGCCUGGAGCCCUUUGUGCAGCAGCCGUGAAGUGUUUAAGGUUUAUUUUAGUUUAAACCGAUCCGAUGAUUUCAGAUAUUCACCAUUUUGAGUUUCUGAACACUCACAGUUAAAGUCUCCUGGAAAACAUAAAAGGAUGAAUCCAUUAACCGUCUUUAAUCUGACACCUGAAACUAUUAAAGGAACAGUGCACCAAU